UAUUCCAGGGCCCAUCUGCCGGAAUCCGUACCCCGGAUCGGACUCUUUGGAGCCCCACCUUUGUCUGAGGGGUACGUGAUCCUUCUGGGAGGCAAGGGAUCCGGACCCUCAUCUACGUCUCCAUCUGAGUUUUUGCUUUCGGUUUUGCGCCGGAGCCGCGCUGCGAAAAUUGUCUGUGUUUGUCUCUGCGUCCUUUUUGUCUGUUUCACGUCUACAGCAAUUUCAUUGGAAAUUAUGGGGCAAUCCAUAACUACCCCCUUGAGUCUCACCUUACAGCACUGGAGAGAUGUUCAGGACACGGCUAAUAACCAGUCCGUGGAGGUCCAUAAAAAGAAAUGGAUCAUUUUCUGUUCCUCUGAAUGGCCAACUUUCAACGUCGGCUGGCCACGAGAUGGAACUUUUAACCUUGAUGUUAUUUUACAGGUAAAAGCCAAGGUGAUGAACCCAGGCCCACAUGGGCACCCCAAUCAGGUGGCCUACAUUGUGACCUGGGAAGCCUUGGCCUACGACCCACCUCCUUGGGUCAAACCUUUUGUUCUCCCUAAGCCAUUCUUGAAAGAACCUUCUGCCCCUACCCUUCCUCCUCCCCUCCUCCCGACCCCGGCUAAACCACAUACUCAAUCUUCUCUUACCCGGACGGUCCUGCCUCCUGGAGAUGAAUUAUUAAUGGACCUAUUGGAAGAACAACCCCCGCCAUACCAAGGACCCGCUCCACCAGAGGAAGCUGCCCGGACUGCGGCGGCCCCAGACCCCGCACCCCCAGCCACGUCCCCGGACCCCGCACCCCCAGCCACGUCCCCAAUGGCUGGACGACUGCGCGGACGCCGGGAACCUCCCCCAGAUUCCACCUCACAGGCUUUCCCCCUCUGGAUAGGGCCAAAUGGCCAACCUCAAUACUGGCCAUUCUCAGCCUCCGAUCUUUAUAACUGGAAAUAUAAUAACCCUCCUUUUCCCAAGGACCCCACCAUGCUAACCUCUCUUAUUGAAUCUAUUUUGGUCACUCACCAGCCCACCUGGGAUGAUUGCCAGCAAUUAUUACAGGCUUUAUUAACCAGCGAGGAAAAGCAGCAAGUCUUUUUGGAGGCUCGCAAGAGGGUGCCAGGUGACAAUGGCCGUCCCACGCAGCUGCCGAAUGAAAUCUAUGCUGCUUUCCCCUUGGAACGCCCAAAUUGGGAUUUCACCACACUUGAAGGUAGGAACCACCUACGUCUCUAUCUCCAGUUGCUCAUAGCGGGUCUCCAUGGGGCUGCCAGACGACCCACCAAUUUGGCUCAGGUAAAGCAGGUCAUUCAGGGUCUUGAGGAGUCCCCCUCCGCCUUCCUAGAGCGACUCAAGGAAGCUUACCGUAUAUAUACUCCCUAUGAUCCCGAGGAUCCUGGAUGUAACCUUGCCAUGUCUUUUAUUUGGCAAUCAGCACCAGAUAUUAGAAAGAAAUUAGAAAGGAUGGACAACCUCAAGGAAAGUACCUUGCAGGAUUUACUUAAGGAAGCAGAGCGGAUAUUUAACAAGAGGGAGACUCAAGAAGAGAGAGACGAGAGACUUAGAAAGGAAGCAGAGAAAAGAGAAGAUAUUAGGGACCGUAAGAGGAAUAAGGAAAUGAGCAAGUUGCUAGCCACCGUAGUCUCAGGACAGCAGCAGGAUAGACAGGAGGGAGACAAAAAGGGGCCCAGAUUGGACCACGAUCAAUGCGCAUAUUGCAAAGAAAAAGGCCAUUGGGCCAGAGAUUGCCCAAAGCGCCCUAAAGGACCCCGCAAACCCCGGCCUCAGGCCUCCCUCUUGUCCCUGGAAGAAGACUAGGGAAGUCGGGGUCAGGAGCCCCCUCCUGAACCCAGGAUAACCCUUGAUGUUGGGGGGCAUCCAGUCACCUUCCUCGUGGACACCAGCGCUCAACACUCAGUGUUGACCCAGCCUACGGGGCCACUGAGUGACCGGUCAGCUUGGGUCCAGGGAGCCACCGGAGGAAAACGUUACCGAUGGACUACAGACCGGAAAGUGCUGCUGGCUACUGGUAAGGUGACUCAUUCCUUUUUGCAUGUGCCUGAUUGCCCCUACCCGCUAUUGGGCAGAGAUCUUCUCACUAAAUUGAGAGCACAAAUACAUUUUGAGGAAGCAGGGGCUCACGUUACAGGCCCCCAAGGGGAGCCCCUCCAUGUUCUAACCCUCAAUUUGGAAGAUGAAUACAAGCUAUAUGAGCCAGGAGAACAUGAGGAACCCCAAAAAUUGACCACCACGUUUUGGCUAAAAGAAUUUCCCCAGGCUUGGGCCGAAACCGGGGGCAUGGGCUUGGCAAUUCGGCAACCCCCUUUGAUCAUCGCUUUAAAGACCACGGCUACUCCCGUGUCAAUUAAGCAAUAUCCCAUGUCCCAAGAAGCCUACCAAGGAAUUAGGCCACACAUUAAGAGACUCCUGGAUCAAGGGGUUCUGAUUCCUUGCCGGUCACCAUGGAACACCCCUCUCCUCCCUGUCAAGAAACCCGGCACGGGCGAUUAUCGGCCGGUGCAGGACUUGAGAGAGGUCAAUAGGCGGGUGGAAGACAUUCACCCCACGGUCCCCAACCCCUACAAUCUACUGAGUGGACUUCCACCCUCCCAUAGCUGGUACACGGUACUGGAUCUCAAGGAUGCUUUCUUUUGCUUAAGAUUACACCCAGGUAGCCAGCCCAUCUUUGCCUUCGAAUGGAAGGACCCAGAAAUGGGGCUUUCUGGGCAAUUGACAUGGACCAGGCUCCCACAGGGGUUUAAAAACAGCCCCACCCUCUUUGAUGAGGCCCUACACAGGGAUCUGGCUGACUUCAGAAUUCAGCACCCGGACUUGAUUCUGCUACAAUAUGUUGAUGACUUAUUGUUGGCAGCAAAAACAGAAGCUGAAUGCAGGGAGGGGACCUCUGCUUUACUAAGAACCUUAGGAACUCUUGGUUAUCGGGCCUCUGCAAAGAAAGCCCAGAUUUGUCAACAACAAGUCAUAUACCUAGGGUAUCGACUCCAGGAGGGACAGAGAUGGCUGACUGAGGCAUGUAAGCAGGCCAUCCUGAACAUCCCCGUCCCCAAGGGACCCCGUCAGCUGCGGGAAUUCCUGGGGAUCGCUGGAUACUGUCGCCUUUGGAUCCCCGGGUUCGCAGAAUUAGCAGCCCCCCUUUACCCGCUUACCAAACAAGGGACACUUUUUACCUGGGGGGAGGCCCAACAAGAAGCCUAUAUGAACAUUAAGAAAACUUUGUUGGCCUCACCGGCUUUGGGCCUCCCAGACCUGACCAAACCGUUCGAAUUGUUUGUGGAUGAGAGUCGGGGCUACGCCAAAGGAGUCCUAGUCCAAAGACUGGGACCCUGGAGACUGCCUAUAGCAUACCUCUCCAAAAAGUUGGACCCUGUGGCCUCAGGAUGGCCCCCUUGUCUCCGCAUGGUGGCAGCCAUAGCAGUCCUAACGAAGGACGCUGGUAAACUGACCUUGGGACAGCCACUGACUAUCCUGGCACCCCAUGCAGUAGAGGCUCUGAUUAAACAGCCUCCGGACCGCUGGCUGUCCAACGCACGCGUGACCCACUAUCAGGCAAUGCUCCUAGACACUGACCGAGUGCGGUUCGGCCCAACAUUGGCACUCAACCCCGCCACACUGCUUCCACCACCAGAAGGACCAGACCAACACGACUGUCUGCAGAUCCUGGCGGAAGCGCAUGGAACCAGGCCAGACCUCAUGGACCAGCCCCUCUCAGAUGCGGACUUCACCUGGUACACAGACGGGAGCAGCUUCAUGGAGGAUGGAGCCAGAAAGGCGGGGGCGGCGGUGACCACCGAAACCGAGGUAAUUUGGGCAGAGGCCCUCCCACCAGGGACCUCAGCUCAAAGGGCUGAACUUAUUGCUUUGACCCAGGCACUCAUGGCGAAAGACAAGAGACUAAAUGUCUAUACAGACAGCCGAUAUGCUUUCGCCACUGCCCAUAUUCAUGGGGAAAUCUAUCGAAGAAGGGGACUGCUCACCUCAGAGGGGAGGGAAAUUAAAAACAAAGCUGAGAUUUUGGCCUUACUUAAGGCCUUAUUUUUGCCCCGAAAACUGAGCAUCAUUCAUUGCCCGGGGCAUCAAAAAGGAGAUGCCCCAGAGGCAAGGGGAAAUAGACUAGCGGAUACAGCGGCCCGGGAGGCUGCAAAAGGCCUGACCUCGAUGGCCUCCCAAGCCUUUCCCCUCCAACCAGAGGCAGAAGCCUCCCCUGAAACUCCAAGCCAUGGCUUGUUCCGAUACACUAAGGAGGACACUGAUUUACUAAAAACCUUGGGGGCAUCCUUUGACUCCACAAAAGGACGCUGGGUCUAUGCAGGAAAGCCAGUAAUGCCCAUCGGACAAACUUUUGAAUUAAUAUCCUACCUGCAUAAAUUGACCCACCUCAGUCGCCGAAAAAUGAAAGCUCUCUUGGAUAGGGAAGAAAAUAUUUACCACCUGCUCGGAAAGGAUGCCAUCUUACAACAAGUAACCGAUUCUUGCAAGGCCUGUGCACAGGUAAAUGCCGGAAGGGCAAAGGUUGGAAUCGGAGUCCGCAUGCGAGGACACCGACCAGGUAUUCACUGGGAAAUUGACUUUACAGAAAUAAAGCCAGGACUAUAUGGCUAUAAAUACUUGCUAGUAUUCAUAGAUACCUUUUCCGGAUGGGUGGAAGCUUUCCCUACCAAACAUGAGACAGCCAAAAUAGUCACCAAGAAAUUGCUGGAAGAGAUCUUCCCCAGAUAUGGGAUGCCCCAAGUCUUGGGGUCAGAUAAUGGGCCUGCUUUCGUCUCUCAGGUAAGUCAGCUGGUGGCUAAGCUAUUGGGGAUUAAUUGGAAAUUACAUUGUGCUUACAGACCCCAGAGCUCAGGUCAGGUAGAACGUACAAAUAGAACAAUAAAGGAGACUUUGUCCAAAUUGACGCUCGCAACUGGCUCUAGAGACUGGGUACUCCUACUGCCCCUGGCCUUAUACAAGGUCCAGAACACUCCGGGCCCCCAUGGAUUAACCCCAUUUGAAAUAAUCUAUGGGGCACCACCACCAAUGAUUAAUUUCUUUGAUGACAUCAUUGCUGAUCAUGCUAACAGCCCUUCUCUUGAAGCCCACUUACAGGCACUCCAGCUUGUCCAGAAGGAGGUUUGGAAACCACUGGCCGCUGCCUACCAAGAACAGCUGGACAGACCUGCGAUCCCCCACCCGUUCCAGAUCGGGGACUCUGUCUGGGUUCGCAGACACCAAACCAAGAACCUCGAGCCCCGCUGGAAGGGACCCUAUACCGUACUAUUGACCACCCCUACGGCGCUUAAAGUCGACGGGAUAGCAGCCUGGAUACAUGCUUCACAUGUGAAAGCCGCCAGCCCGGGACAGCAGACACCAGACCAGGAAAAGAAAUGGAAGGUCCAACGUACCCAAAAUCCCCUAAAGAUAAGACUGGUUUGCAACUAAUGUUUAAGAUGAUCGGGUUUUUCCUAUUAAUCCUAGGACCUAUGGGGACAGCCAUCAAAGGUUAUGCAGAAAAAUAGAUAAAUUAACCUCCACAGGAUUUUAUUAUUUGGUAGCCCCUACUGGGACAUAUUGGGCAUGUAGCACCGGGCUAACACCAU